UACGUUGUCAGUAGUUGGUGGGGGAGUCGUGCAGCGUGCAGCAUGUUGUAUCACCUGUUGCUGCAGACAGUAAAGACACAACAGUCAGCAGGUGUAUCACCCGGUCAGCCUCACCUCCUGCUGUAUGAGCUUUAUAACGGUAACGACGUGGAGAAGGCCGUCAGCGACUUGUCACAGGCGGCGAUCGGAGGGUCGUUGUACGUCAUCGCUGAUGAAGCAGGCAGUAAGGGCUACACAAUCAACGACUUUCCGACUUUGUGUGACAAGCUGCUGACACAAGUUCCUCAUCUCCAUCUGUGGGCGGCAAGUUGUUUCCAUGGAUACGCACCCGCCGGCUGGCAAGUGGAACAUUUAACCAGACCUCUCCGCUCUCCUCCGGCCGUCGUCAGGGAAGUCGAGCAGGAGGCGAGGAUCACUACACACGGUGAUGUCCUGCCGUACAGUGAGCGAGGUGUACCCGACCACACAGACGGCCCACCAGUUACACGACUGUAUCACCGAGGUCAGGGUCACUCAGGUAGCUGGACAGAUGACUGUGUCACGUGCGGUCGUGAGGUGGGCAGAUUCCUACACAGUCUCCGUGUUGGUGUUACAGAAAUCAGCACAACAUCUACAACAUUGACCUCCACCAGCGGCGAGACAACACCACCCUGUCUACAGUGGAGAGACGUGUUGGUGUUGUAUUGGGGUACCGUUAGUGAUCAGUCGGGUGUGGUGACAGGACUACACGAAGCGGGUAUCCCAGUGCGGGUGAUGAAGGAAAAUGACAUCGACGACGUGGCCACGGCCCGCAGUGACGUGGUGUGGGUGGCGGAUGGAGAUAGUGUUCGUGGUCUGGAGAGAAAUGUCGUGGUCUGUCUGAUGUCCCUUGAAGACAGUUUAUUUAGAUCUACGGAGUUACAACCGUACAACUUUACCUCUCACCGACUUGACCACAUGUCCCGCUGUACGUCACAACUUGUAAUUGUCUCCCGUCACGACUACUCUCCUGAAAAUGACUGACACUGUUUGUCCUCUUCUACUCUGAGUCUAUCACGACAUCAUCACUUAUGAUGUCAUAGACAUGACGUCAUUACAGAUUAUUACAUCACGAGGUCCAUGUCUCUGUUUACACAACGACAAGUGUCAACAAGUUUGUCUGUUUCAGAGGUGUGUGUGUGUGUGUAUCAAUAUGUUAUUAUAUCAGUGCGUGUGUCAGUCUACCAGUGUGAUAUAUGUCAAUGUGUCAGUCUACGAGUGUGAUAUCUGUGUCAAUGUGUCAGUCUACGAGUGUGACAUCUGUGUCAAUGUGUCAGUCUACCAGUGUGACAUCUGUGUCAAUGUGUCAGUCUACCAGUGUGAUAUCUGUGUCAAUGUGUCUAUAUGUUGUACACGUGCUGUCAAAGGCCUCAGCAGACUGCAAUGUCAGUGCCGUGCACUAAAGUGUUUAGUCUGAUAUUGUUUACUGACAGUGAUAAACAAAGGGGACAGAACUCUGAGACUAACUACAGACACGAGUGGUCCAUCAAAACCCACUUCAUUGAGUUAAGAGAUUCAUUGAUGUAAACACAACAAACACUAGCGGCUCACUUAUACAACACAUGUUACAAGUUGAACUGUUUGACACAAACACAUUCGCACGAUGUACAAAUGUUGUUUCACAUCCUUUAUAAAUGUCGCCACACGUUUCACAAUGAGUGUUUGAAUAAAGAUUGUUGUUGUUAGUUUAAAACAAGUACAAACAGUUGUUAAGUGGUUAAAAUAGUUGUAACAGUGACGUCACCCACAGGCACCACGUCCGCACUGUUACAACAGUCAAACACCAGGCUGACAAUAUAAACAUACACCACACAGCAAAUAAACAAUAAAUACCAAUGACAGGAUACAAUACCUACACCACGAUCACAUGACACUGUUACAGUUUGCCAACAUCUUGUCACAACACACACU